UCCAAUUCACAGGCGUGAAUAUCUCGUUGUUGGCUUACGAGAGUUCGUUUUCGCUCUCUGGAGUUUGAGCCGAAGCUCCUGAUUUCACCCAGCAAGAAGAAGGAAUCGCAAGAGCUCGUGUAAUUCGAUGAAUAGCUUGUAUCGACGUUGUGGCUGGCUUCUGCGGCCGGCCGACCCGCGGUUCAUCGUUGCCCAUAUCAAURUAAACACCAACGCUUCUGUAUCUUCUAAGAUUCAAUGGAGGGCGUAUUUCAGUUUCAGCCCUUCUUCAACGUGUUUCAGAAUAAGAGGAAACAAAAUCUCUUGCCCAUCUAACUCGCCAUCUACUUCCCAUCCAUUCUCUUCCUCGUCUUCUUUGUCGAAACCACGAACUGGAUUCGUCGGAUGGUACUUGAGGAAACUCGACACCCAUCCAUUCAUCACUAAGAGUAUCACUUCUUCGCUCAUCUAUGCGGCUGCUGACUUAACCUCUCAGAUGAUUACAUUGCCAUCUCCUGGUUCUUUUGACUUGAUAAGGACAACACGAAUGGCUGCAUACGGUUUGUUGAUAUUGGGCCCUUCCCAGCAUUUGUGGUUUAAUGUUAUGUCUACGAUCUCACCAAAGCGAGAUAUGUUGUCAACUUUCAAGAAGAUUUUUCUGGGGCAGGCUGUGUAUGGACCUACUAUUACCUCUAUUUUCUUCUCCUAUAAUGCAUCUUUGCAAGGUGAAAGUGGCAGUGAGAUUGCUGCUAGAUUGAAGCGCGAUUUGCUUCCAACAUUGAUGAAUGGACUCUUGUUCUGGCCAGUCUGCGAUUUUCUCACCUACAAAUUCGUUCCCGUUCAUCUACAGCCAUUGACAAACAGUUCGUUUGCAUAUAUAUGGACCAUUUAUCUGACAUACAUGGCAAGCUUAAAAGGAGUUGACAUCAAUUGAAGCAGUAGCAGAUUUGAUGAGGAGGGCUGCCUGUUGUUUUCAGAAAUCGAUUCUUUUAUUCGUCUGUCUUAUUUGGCCACAAACCUUGUGAAGCAGUAAAUUUGAGAGGGGCUUCCAUAAUUUCCGGGUAAGCAAAGCACAUCCAACUCCUCUUCUCGGCUGGCUUUAUUUAAAUUAGUCCGAAAUGUCUUAGAUAUUGGUCAGUUUGGCUGGAUUAAGAGACAUUUUGAGUAUGACUCAAAUGUUUAAUUUAUAAAUUUGUCUAUAAUCCAAAUGAUUAGUAGAUGAUUCAAUCUGAUUAUGCUACUAUAAAUGUGACUACUUUUCUGCACCUGUAAUUACUUCUCGUUGCCUUUUAAAUGUAAGUUUUGAAUGGCUUUUACUGUUCA